CCCGCACGCUGCUAACCCCCGUCCAAUGCCCGCACGCGACCCCCCAGAUCCGCUCGACGCCGUCCUCCGUCCGCCGACCGACGAGAGCCCCGAGGACAAGGUGAAACGCCUCGCCCAGGAGGCAGAGGCCCGCAGGAUCAGUACCGCCAUAGACGAGGACAUCAAACGCGAACGUGCACUCAGGAAGAAGAAGCAUAUCGUCAAGCUCCUGCUUCUCGGCCAGAGCGAGAGUGGCAAAUCCACGACACUCCGUCAAUUUCAGCGACUGUACACGCCCUCCGCUUUCCGCGAAGAACGCGUCCUAUGGCGAUCCGUCAUCCAGCUCAACGUCGUCCGCUCUAUCCGCCUUAUCAUCGACGCCAUCUCUGACGUGCGGCGGCGCGAGCUGCCCGUGUCCUCGGCGUCCGAAGACUCAGACAACGAGUCCGACGAGCGGGCGCGGCUGCCGAUGCACCUCGAGACGAUCUGCAUGCGCCUGCUGCCGCUGCGCCACAUCGAGUCGCUGCUCGUCGCGAAGCUCGUGCCGCCGAACGAGGAGGAGGCGACGCACCUCGGCGUGUGCCACGGCAGCAGCGGCUGCGACGCGGGCGGCUGCACGCUGCACCGACACCACCACCACGAGAUCUUCGUGCGCCCGGGCGCGACGUGGAAGGGGAGCAUGAUCGGCAAGGCGCGCUUCGGCCGGCCGCUCUCGGCGGGCACGACGGGCCAGGAGACGCAGGACGAGAGCCAGGUCGCGCUCCACCAGUGCAAGGACGACAUGAUCGCGCUGUGGAACGACCGCAUGGUGCGGGACGUCCUGCGCACGCGCAAGAUGCGGCUCGAAGAGUCGCCGGGGUUCUUUUUGAACGAUCUUGACCGGCUGACGUCGUUGCAUUAUUGCCCGUCAGAUGAUGACGUCUUCAAGGCAAGGCUCAAGACGAUAGGCGUGUGUGAGUACAAGUUCGAGAUGGAAUCAGGGUUCGAGAGCGGGACCGAGUGGCGGAUAAUCGAUGUCGGCGGUUCACGAUCACAGCGACCGACUUGGGUACCUUUCUUUGACGAUGUUGAUGCUAUAAUCUUCCUUGCUCCGAUAUCAGCCUUUGACCAGACGCUUGUCGAGGACAAAAGCGUCAACCGACUAGAAGACUCUGUGCUUUUGUGGAAGGCCGUCUGCUCGAACAAGCUACUCGAAAAAGUUGAGUUGAUCUUGUUCAUGAACAAGUGCGACAUCCUCGAUACGAAGCUACGCUCGGGGAUCCGCCUUGCGAAGUACCUGCGCAGCUUCGGCGAUCGGCCAAACGACCUAGACAGUGCGCAAAAGUUUUUCCGCAGCAAGUUUAGCUUCAUCCAUCGCGAGCACUCGCCACAGCCGCGCAAGUUCCACGGCUACUUUACCUCCGUAACGGACACAACAACAACGAGCGGAAUCUUGGCGAGUGUGCGCGAUAUGGUGAUGCGGGAACAUCUCCGCAAGGCAAAGUUACUAUCAUAACUUGUAUGCGCCUGCACAGGCGAAGCUUACACGCCGUCUGCUCGACUCAGUUACAUCAACUGAACUGACCGAAAACGACACGGCGACCUUGCUCGCACCGCACGCAAAAAUUGCUCGUGCGCCGCCACGCUGCCGCCACGCCCAUGUCUUAUACGCCGCCCUCAUGCCCUGCCACGCCCGCAUUCACCACUGUACAUUGUUCACACUCCAACGCCUUUAUGGCCGCACAACACCCACAUGCUGUAUCGCUCACUCGUCUCGUUUGCUUUUGGACACUCCCGUUGUCUAUACUAUACCCCUCCUAGGACACAUACCACGCGCUAGUUGAUUCGUCCAAUUUUCGCGUUUUGUUUGAUAUCUUGGUUUUUAGUGCGGCAGUGUAUUAUAAUUCCUUAGAUGCGGAUCAAGCCCUAACACAGCAUAGAUGUUGAGACCUUUCAAGUUACAUACGCAGCACGCAUAGGAACCUCUAAGAUUGUUCGAACGCUGCCAGGUAUUUGUCCAGGUGCUUGCUCUUGCCCUGAGCGACUUCACCCGAGAGGUAUACCACCCGAGUCCUAGGUUGCCCCAGGCUCAGCUUCUCUACCGCACUAACCGAGUCUUUGUCCAGACGGAGGACGGCCCACUUCACCGCUUCGACCGCAGGCAGACCCCCAAUAUCCCGCGCCCCUACCGCCUCGAUGACGACCCAGUGUUCCCUCCAGGGAUUCCCAACGCCAAUAAGCGUGUACUCCACAUCUGGCAGGACGAUCCCCAGUCUGACGGUGAUGUCGACUCGGACGGGCUCGUGCUGGCCGUCGAAAUGGAGUUCAAUCGCCUGGCGGUCCGUGCUGCGCCUGUCGCGGGAAUCUACGCCUUGGAUGCGACAAGGGCCCACGGCGUAGCCGGCGUGGUAGUACUCCCCCGGUCGUGGUGUUCCGAGCUGACUUUCCGAGUCCAGCAGGAGCAAAUCCUCCCCGUCGUCGCCGGGAUGCGCGCUCCAAGGGUCAUUAGUGGAGAACUUCUCCCAGGAGACCCAUAGGCUGAAAGGCGUGUCGGACGACUGCAAGAGGAAGAUGAGGGUGCGCGGUCUUGGGUGCAUGUGCUUGAUGAGCAAGACCCAAGCGUUCUCCAGAUCUUGGCCAGAGUACUCCUCCUUCACCUCGUAUAUCGGGAAGGUCUCGCACUUGAGCAGGUAUCCAAGGCCCGCAAUCUUGUCGAGCUCCUUGGAGGCGUAGCGAUCCCUCAUGUCCUCAACCAAGAGGAUGCGCUCGUUCGUGUCCGUAAGGCUGCGUAGGACGGCUUCCACUCGCGUGAAGAACCCCUUGCCGCCAGCGAGCGGUUCGCCUGUAAGGCCUCCGGGUAGCCAAGUGGAAACGCACUCCUGCAUCGUCCAUGCGCGGCUGAACCAGUGGCGAGGAGACUGAACGGUGGCGCUGGAGGUCUUCAGGGCCAGCCCAAGCCCGUUGAAGUAGAUGAUACACGGCCUGUACGGCGACUCGUGGUAGAUGUACCCGAUAGUCGGCACAUCCAGCUUCCACUCCUCCUUCCUCGCCGCCUCUGACUCCGGAUUGUCUGACCACUGACGCAAGCAGAGAACGUCGAGCCAGACGUAUUCCGCACCCAUGUUCAGGAGUUCCGCUCGGAGGUGGUCGAGACUGGUGCCACGCGGGAUGGGGACGGGCCACAGCAUCCUAUUGAUACUUGUCCACACCUGUUGGAUCUCCGUUCCGUCGACCCAGCUGUGCGAGAUGGACCAAAUAUUGGAUGGAAUGGAUCUGAGAUCAUCGCUCGUGCGCGGUAGACAGUGGAAAGGAAGGACCCUGUUGCUUCGAAGGUCCCAUACUCGCCGAGGGGGAACCCUAUAGUUGUUGAUGUAGGAAUUCUGCAGAGUCCGACCUCGGAGAUUCUCUAGAUCGCGUUCGAGUCGACCCAUUACAUUCAAGAGUUCGCGAAAAUCCUGAGACCAGUGGGGGCGAAGAAUGCCAUAUACUUCUCCCAAAUCGCGUGAUGUGUGCAGGAAGUGGACGAGGCAAUCUUUGAGGCCAGGCAUUGUCAGCGUAUGAUGUGUCUCCAUAGCUUCGUUCAAAUGAUCGAGUAGUUCUUCCACGCCCAAAGUCUUACACGAAAUGUCGGCCCAAUCGUUCGUGACAACCCCAUUACCGACAUGAAUACGCUGCAUAGGGAUGUCGGACGGCAUCAGGGUGAAGCGUCGUCCUGGGCCAGACGACUUGAAGAGAUCCCGUUCGGAUGCAGCCGUUAAUGCAGUAGUGGCUAACUUGACUUGGCCCCAAAGCAUGAGACGAUUCCUGGCGGCGAUCUGGUCCACGGGGUGCCCUUCACCCGAUGUGAUGCGCUGCUCGACGGAUGGAGGAAUGGGGGUAUUCUUGCCGUAUGCCUUGGUCAGGGCCCACGGGGCGUCUUCACAUAAUGAGCUGACAUAAGUCCCCUCCAGCUGAAAACGUCUCUUCUUCGCCUCCGCCUUGCGUGCUCGAUCAAAACCCCACAUGUAGUGACCUUUAUACUUGGUUCGUGCCAAACUCUUCUCGGAGUUGAGAUAGAUUACUGAAGUUCUCGGACGACCGGAUACCAGCGCCUCUAGCCUGUCGCCCUCUUCCUUUCGAGUGCGAACCACGCCCCACUUGAUUACCUCGGCCAUCGGUACGCCUUCUACGUCCCGCUCGCCGACUACCUCCAGGACAACCCAAUGUUCCUUCCACCUCUGACCGACACCUAGCAGGACAUAGGGUACUUCGGGCAUAAUCACUCCAUGCAUCCCGCAAAUCCUGGCUGAGACAGCUGGUGUUUGGCUGUGGAAGUGGAGUUGAACGUCUUGCGUACCAUCACUGCUCGCGUCGCACAAAUCCUGCGAGAUGACACAGGGCCCAACGGCAUGUCCCUUCUGGUAGUACUCUCCAGGGCAGGAUACAUAGAGCUGAGAUGGAUGGGAAAGCUGCAAAGUCUCCUCGUCGAAGGGGAAUGCACUCGGGAGCGUCGGCCCAGAGCCGUACUCUUCCCAGGUGGCCCAGAGACCGAAAGGCUCGUGCGAUUCG